GCUGAAGAAACCAGACAUUAUUGUUCUUGCGUUUGCAGAAGCGUUUGACUACUAAUGGAUCCUGCAAUUUGAAGUUGAUUCUUCCUUGAAAACCCUAGGAGUACUGUGCCUAUUGGAGGAUUUUAUCUGCGCGUUUGCCGGAAUUUAGAUCUCAACUUACUGUAGAUCAUUUGGUUAUCCGAAAAGUGGUUUGAUUGGAUUGCCCGGUAUGAAAGAAGCGAAUCCGGUUAAGUUCAAUCUUCACCAGCAUCAAGAGCACCAGAAUGGUCACUUGGCCCCGUUCAAGCUCGCUAAAUUGUUCGAUCCAGAGGCCUCCUGGGACAAGGAUCAGCUAGGAGAUGUUUUGCACUGGAUUCGACAAGCAGUGGCCGUUGUACUCGGGCUGCUGUGGGGCGCCAUACCUUUGGUUGGAGGCAUAUGGUUUCUAAUUUUCUUGGCAAUAUCGACCAGCAUAGUAUAUGGAUACUAUGCAAUGAUUUUAAAAGUUGAUGAAGAAGAAUUUGGAGGUCAUGGAGCUCUCCUCCAAGAGGGGCUUUUUGCUUCUAUAACUCUCUUUCUGCUUGCUUGGAUUCUCGUAUACAGCUUGGUACACUUUUGAUUGGCGAAGAACGAUUUUGCAUCAUGAAAUUACUUGGUGAAGUUCGAACAAUGAACUUAGUUAUACAUAUACUUGAUGCCCAGCUCAUUUACGCUUGCUUCUAAUUGGCGGCACAGAUUCUUUUAGCAUUCAUGAUGUUGAACAAAUUCAUUUUUGCAGAGCAGGAAAACUCUAGCAUCUGAACGAUAUGUCUUGAUAGAUUUUCGAUCUCCAUUUUGUUGUCGACAUUCUUCCAUGGCCACAGUGAUAGACUAAGGAUGUAAUCCUUGUUUAAUUAACACCUUAUAUUGGGAUCAUUUAAAUAGCUAGGUGCUUGAGCUUGAAGUUGAGAGAUUGACAAUGUUGUGUACAUUUGAUGAUGAUUGGAUAGGCUCCUCAUUUUCUCAA